AUGUGUGAAACUAGUUCUUCUGUGUGGUCAGGAACGCGUGAGGCGCCUACAAGGUUCAGAAGAGCGUACUCUGGCGUGAAUGGUGGAGAGUAUGAGCCAAGAAUUUCUGGCCUAGCCCCUGCUGUUUCUUUCCCAGUCAUUCUUCUCUUUGUGGGUGUUUUGAAGACAGUCAUGCCUUUGAUGUGCUUGAAAAGGGUUUUUUGGAGUGUAUCUCUCAUCUCUGCCAUAUUAACGAUAUGCUAUAUGGCAAUUCCCUCCCACCCUGUGAUAGAACAUAUAAACUGGAUGUAUUUCUACAAGUUUGAACCUGUUUAUAAGCAGAAAUUUGUCUUCACGUUACGUGAGCAAAUAAAGUGUGAAGAGAGCAACCCAUUUUUGGUUAUUUUGGUGACUUCAAGACCUGCAGAUAUGAAGGCGAGACAAACCAUUAGGAUUACGUGGGGCUCUCAAAAAUCCUGGUGGGGCAACCAGGUUCAGACACUGUUUCUACUGGGCCAAGGAGGAGAAACAGAAGACAGUUCAACCUUAUCGAUAGAAGAUGAAAGCAUUCUCUACGGAGACAUAAUACGUCAAGACUUUCUUGACACAUAUAACAACCUCACCUUGAAAACAAUCAUGGCCUUCAGGUGGGUGGCUGAGUUUUGUCCCAAUACUCAGUACGUUAUGAAAACGGAUUCUGAUGUCUUCAUCAACACUGGCAACUUAGUGAAAUUUCUUCUAAAACAAAAUGCUUCAGAAAACUUCAUUGUUGGUUACCCCUUAAUUAAUAAUCUCGCUAAAAGAGUAUUUUUCCUGAAAACAUAUAUUUCUUACAGUGAAUAUCCAUUUGAUGUUUAUCCUCCAUACUGCAGUGGAUUUGGUUACAUCCUUAAUUCCAGGUUAGCUUGCAGGGUUUAUGAGAUGAUGCAUCAUGUCAAACCCAUUAAGUUUGAAGAUGUCUAUGUUGGGAUUUGCUUAAAUAUUCUUGGGGAGAGUGUCUAUUUUGCAAAAGAUGCAGAAUUCUUUUUACAUAGAAUUAGCUUUGAUAUCUGUAAAUACAAGCACCUGAUUGCAGUACAUGGCAUUUCUUCUGACGAAAUGAUUAGGUACUGGCAAGAUAUCAUGCAAGAGACUUCGGUUUCUUGCCGCUGAUGCCCUCUCAAGUCUUAAAGCCUGAUUUGAUUCAGCGAGACUAUAAGGCUGGGCUGCCUUAUCCUGUUCUGGCCUCUUUAAUUUAAACUGUAGGAAUUUCACUGACAUUUAUGAAGGCUUUAAAUGAACUUGAGAAGGAACACAAUGCAACUCUAUCUUUAUGCUGA